AUGACACGCUUUCGGACCCAUGUCCCACCUUUGGACAGCCCGUCGAAGCAGCUCAUGCUUGACCUUGUCCGCGAUCUCGAGCAAGUCAAAAUUUUUGACGCCGACCUGAAAAAGGUCCACGAAUACGAGCGAAAACUUUUCUACGAAAACCUCGACCGGAUUGACAAUGAGCGUGAAGCAGUCCACACAGCCGCUCUCGACCAGGCCGCCGCCUUCCACGACAGCGUCCGCGAAGAAGCGGAGACAACAUUGAAGGACCACCUCCGAGCAGAAGAGGAAGAGCGCCUGCGGAAGGAAGAAGCGACCCGCAAGGAACAGGAGCGCAUUGAACGCGAGGAGGCCGAAAAACUGCGUCGCGAACAAGAAGCAGCUGCACGUGCGGAGGCCGAACGUCAAGCCAAAGAGCAGGCCGAGAAGAAGGCUCAGGAGGAGGCAGCCGAGAAAGCCGCUGCCGUUGAAACUGCACGGAAAGCCGCGAUUGAGGAGAAACUCCGCAAGGAACGUGAGCAGGCUGACGCCCAGAAGCGCAAGGAGGAUGAAGAGGCCCGGAAGCUGCAGGAAGAGGCCGACCAAAAGGCCCAAAGCCAACAACAGCAGAAACUCGGUGCUACAAACCUGUCAGCUGAAGAUAUCCGAGUGCAGCAACGUUAUGUUGAGCUGCACAAGACCCUCAAGGAGAUGCGUAAAUGGCUGAAGGACAUUGGCCAAGCUCAGCCUGACCUAAAGACGACCAUGGGAAAUCUACGGCGCUCUAUCAAAAAGUCUGUUGGCCAGCUUCGGUCUGGCACAGGUGCCAACAAGCAGCAGAUUAUCCAACUCAAAGCCGAACUUGAAAAGGCUCUCGCCUACCCGGAGCCAACGGUAGACAUCCGGAAUUUCAUCGCAUUCCCGCCUGAGGAGAUUGCCAAUUCGGAGAAUAAAGUACCUGCAAUGCUCAUCUACGGGUUGAACAUUCUUGCAAAGAGUUUGGUAUCUUCGCUUUUGGCUGAGGCCUCUAUUAAGCAAUCCCACGCUGAGCCGAUCGGCAUCGUUGCCGCUCAGAUCUUCUCGUUCGAUAACUUUACGUACAAAGGAAUGCACAUGUCCGACAUCAUGUGGGCCAAGUACCGUGUUGUGUGCCCAGCCCUGUGGGGAUUCACAGGCAAUGACAAAACCGAGGGAGGACGUCGUGCUCUGGGUUGGUGGCGUUCUGCGGAUACCGGCUCAUGGGUCACCGAACAGACACACAUGGACCGCAUGACCGCUCUUGGUGCAGGAUAUGCUGCUAUGACUCUUCGAAACUUCGCCAAGUCGCCGCGCCGGAACCCGUUCCCUAACACCAUGUUCUGGGCAUCCAUUCAUAAGAUCUUGGCUAUUCCACCUUCAGAGCUGCAAGAGACGCAAGUUGCCCUCCUGGCUGCACUGCUCCGAUCCUCAGGAGAAAGAGUCUUGGGUUUCUUCGGACAGUAUGGUCUCGCUCUGAUGCACUAUGUCAUUGUUGACCUGCCCCGCAAGCUCCAGCGGGAGACAAUGGCUGUCACACAGCUGAGUACACUCAAGGAGCUCUACUUGAAGGAAAAGAACUUUGCACUGUAA